AUGGCGCCCGUUACGGAUCCAUUUCCUGUCCCUGGCUUGGAAGGCUUGAUCUUGGAGAACUGUAGAUUCUUCAGCAGUCCAGACACCGAGUUAUCUCUCGUGGUCGCCAAAGAACUAGGCCAAUUCAGAGCCGUGGUGCUGCAGACCAAGGAGAACUUCAGGGGUCCUCUUCUGGUCGAAACGGGACCGACCAUCUACUGGGCACUUCACUCAUUGAUGGUCAAGUCGGCAGAGUUCGUGCAGAACUACAUCCAGACCAGCGGGUACUCGGUCGUUCCCAGAACCAAUGAAACCAAAGCCUACAAGGAGGCUCAUGGCUUCGGUGACUCGGAGCAUGGGUCUGACGAUAACCAAGGGCACGAUGCUGAAUCGGUCACCUCCAGGUCCACUUCAUGUCCGGCAUACACCAGUCAAUCUGUCCCCGAACCAUCACAACCUCCUGUUAAGCGGCAUAACAUGCCAUAUCAUAACCGUAUGAACGGCGUGUCUGGUGUUAAUUUCCCUCCUCUACCGCCUCCACCGCCAGGGUGGUCGCUUCGGAAUAUGGAGUUGAAUGGUGGAAUUGGGAAUGGAGUGAGCCACGCAUCUCCUCCUUAUCAUCCUCCUCCUCCGCCACCGCCGCCCUUGCUUCCCGACGGCUUUGCUAGAGCGGGAUCUGGAAAAGAACCAUGCUGGUCAUUUCAGCAGUUCAACCAUUUCCAGUCUCAGAAUAGGAGUUGUCAUAGACAAGCGAUGAGGCCGACGGACCAGUACUUGAGACCUGGUAGUAUUCAGCAUGUGCAAUUGCCGUCACAAACACUUCCUGCUACUGCGGCUACCCAGUCAGUACCGCCGGCUUUUUCAGCAAUCGAUGUUGCUGUACCUGGAAGUAAUCCCAAACCCAAUGGUCAUUCGUUAAAGCCAGAGCAGUCCCAACAUCAUAUACCGCCGCCACCACCACCGCCGCCUCCCUUUCCACCAAUGUCUCGAGUAGUCAAUCAUGUCUACGGUUCAGCACCCUGGCACGUCCAGAGAUUGAGGGCAUAUACCACAGCUGGAAUCAUUCCUCCUCCACCACCACCACCACCUCCUCUUACUUCCAUUCAUGUACCCGCCUCUUCCUCUACCUCUUCCUCUUCCUCGGCAACAACCACCAUAACACCCAAUGCUUCUCCAAAUUUACCGUCUGUUGCACCCCGCUUUUUCCAAGGGGCAUCUAGCACCACCUCCUCUUCCCCUUCUGCCCCUUCCAUCUCCACCUUUUCUUCUCCCAACCCCACCGCCAACCAGAACUCCAUCACAAUCCCAUGCUCCUCCUGUGGCGACAGCGACAACAACAAGCCUACCUCCACCACCCCACCAGUCCUCAUAACCAUAGGAUUCCCCUCCUAA